AUGUGCCUGCCGCUGUUUGCCAGGCAGCAGGUUGAAGCUAGUAAGUACAUGUUCUCCUACCGCAUACAGGAGCGUGCAGAAACAGCCGCCGCCCACGCGGCAGCUGUUAUUCACGUCUCGCGAGUUCUGGCCCUGAGGCUGGAGAAGACUGUCAAUACGAGUACCCAGGCGGCGGGCCGACGCAGCUGUCAGGAAGUGACGACACGGGAGAGCCACCGGCACGCGGCUGCGCCGCUUCCAGGAGCGGGACGCGCUUUCGCGGCCCGGGCGCUAACAGCGGCACAAAGGGCGGCUUCUGGCCGCCGGCCGUGGGAACGGAACGGCGCGUACAGCGCCGGCCGUGACGGAGCAGCAUCGCCGCCGGGAGCCGCGCAAACAUCCGCGUGCGGCGCCGGCGGCUUCCGGCAGCAGCGCCUCCUCGUGAACGUGUCGCAGGCACUGCGGCCGUGUCUGAGAUGUGAUCAGCCUGCUGGCAGCACCAACUCUGCCAGACAAGCAUCUCAGCAUCGGCGCUGCCAGCCUCCGCCGUCGGUCGGUAGCAGCGCGCCCGUCUUCGCAUUUUUCCGUUGUAACUGGCUCGAGGGUGACCGGCUGACAAAUGCUACCACAAGGAGACGUGGUCGCCUGUCAAGAUGGAAUGAGACGCGGGCCGCCGCGGCCGCCGCCGCCGCCGCCGCCGCUCCAGCGGCACUUGUGACGCCGUUCCAGUCACGGAGGCGACAGCGCGGCACGUGA